CUUUGCAGGAACAAUUCGUCGACAACCUAGUUGGGUUUGGGAAACGUACAUUUGUCUGAUUUUUGCCACCUCUUCAGUCUAUUUUCGAAUUGUUAUCUUCUGUUUUAUUUCAAAGGAUGUACUAAUUUGGUGACCCACCCUACUAGCUUUAUUGACACUAGUAUGGCCUUGGAGGAUAUUUGUAGUUUUAAAGACAAGCCCUUGCAGCGGUGGUUUCCUUUGUCAGCUUUAGAGACAGAUUAUCACAACCUUGAGUUGGAAAGCUUGAAGACAACACAGAUAAACAGUGGGAUUCCACAGCACAUUUUCAUGCCACCUUUCCCUCCGACCAACCUUUUCAUCAGCAGGUCCACAUCUCGUUCUGCACCAUCAAACUAUUCGCCGACAGUGGAAAGGCCUUUCCCUCUGACUCAUGGAACAACAACCCUGGGUUUUGUUUUCCAAGGUGGAGUAAUUGCAGCAGCAGACACAAGAGCAAGCGCUGGGGGGCUCGUCGCCUGUCCAGCUGUGCAUAAGAUUACCCCUAUUCACUCCCAUUUGGUGGUCACCUCCUCAGGCAGUGGUGCAGACUGCAUGCUUUGGGAGCGCAUUCUGAUUAGAGAGAUCAGAUUAUACGAACUGCGGCACAAGCGUCGACUCUCCAUCAGAGGCUCUGCCAAGCUUCUCUCCUGUAUGUUGCAUCCAUUUAAAGGCACUAAUGUAUGUGUGGCUCUCACUCUGUGCGGGUGGGAUAAGGAAGGUGGCAGCUUUGGCAUGGCUCACAACUUGGAUAACCCAUCUUUACCAGCUGAUGUAAACCCUUCAUCCCAAAGUAGUGGUCCAAAGGUUAUCUACGUGUGCAGCGACGGUGCCCGACUGCAAGGAGACAUAAUCUCUGUUGGAUCAGGGUCUCCUUAUGCUUAUGGAGUCCUGGAUGGAGGUCUGAGUUGGAGCCUGAGUAAAGAAGAGGCCAUCUCCUUGGCUAGAGAGGCAGUAUUCAGAGCCACUCAUAGGGAUGCCUACUCUGGAAAUAACGUGGACCUUUUCCAUGUAACAUCCCAGGGAUGGAUACAAAGACCCAGAGAGGACCUGAAAGAAGAAUAUUAUAGAGACAUGGAAAGAAAAUCGAAACACAGAAGAGGAGAGAAAAGAAACGAUACAAUGGAAAGCAGUUAGAUCAAACACUGGAACUGU